AGCUGGGGCAUUGCUGUAGCGUUGCUCAGAUUAGACCAGCUCCACAAGGAUAGGCCAUGCAGCACCGAGCCUACCAACCACUGCUUCCCUGUGGAAACAAAUACCUGCAGCACAAGUGGGACAAGACCUGCUACGACAUGCACAAGAAAAAGGUAAAAUCUGCAAAGCCAACCAUCAGCACAACUCCACCUCAAACCUACGGUCAUCUUCAGCUCAAAAUGAAAAAGCUGAAGCUUGAAGAAGAACGCAUGGCUAUAAUCCAACGCGAUAAUGAAAUGCUCCUGGAAAAGAUAUCAUUCAUAAUGAGGACGACUGGACGAAUCGAUAACAGAAACCUUUACGAGAACCGAAGUUUGAGCAGUGAGAAGCGCCAGCGAGAACUCCUCCGGGUUACUAAGGAAAAUCAGAUCAUACUGGAGCGCUUGUCACGGUGUGGGCCGCGAUACAGCGUUCAGCAGUGGCACGACGACUGGCUCACAACUGAGAGAUACAUGGAAAGCAUCGCGCGUUAUCCUCGCAGCGCGGCGAUUAAAAAGGCUCAGCCCAAGUCUAUGAAGCAAACUGCUAAGGAGGGUAAGAAGGAAGAAUCUGAAAAAGAGGAGAGUCAUGGCGAAGAGGAGGGCCAGGAUGACAAUGAAUUUGUUGAUGGAAACAAAGACAGUGGGAAGACGGAAAGUGAACAACAAGAAGGUUCCAGCAGAAUGCACGGUUCCGAGAUUAAGACAGAAAUGAAAGACAGCGAUUCGCACAAGGAGAGUGACCAGGAAUAACUUCCGUAUAAUUGCUUUGCAUUUGUGUAUGUAUAUACAGCAAGAGCAGCUUUCAUUUAACUGCAGUGUGACAGCAGAAUACCAUUAAACGUGUCAUCACUAGU